AUUUAUUUUACUAAAGUUAUAUUUUAUUAAUAUUGUUUUACUUUUUAUUAGUUUUAUUUUAUCACUAAUUCAUAAUGUUAUACCUAAACCAAAAACAGAUUUCAGUGGUUGCUUCACCAAAACAAACUGAUUAUUUUCCUUUAACUUCAGGAUCUCUGUGUUCAACUCAAGGUGAUAAAUUAAAAAAAUCAAUUAGGAUUUUGUUUUUCAUCUGGGAAGAAAUUCAGAAACAUUCCAGAUAAAUUCUCAACUGUUACAUGAGAAUAAAAGUAGAAAACAAGUAAAUUAUUAGAGGAAUAAAACAACAUUUAAAACAGAAACUGCUCAAUGAUUCAUCUUUAAAGUUAGGAUGAACAGAAUUAAACUAUUAUUUGUCCAGUUUCUCUGAUUUUUCAUCAUAUUUAGUUAAAUUUCAGUAAAUUUAUGUUCCUAUCAGCUCAAAACAUGAAAACUUGAAGCUUUUUCUCUCCGGUGUAACAGAAAUUAACUCAUUUUUAUCCUGUUUGAAUCUUUUUUGUUGUAAAAACAUCACAAUAAUGUUCAAUGAAGCAUUACCUUUGUCACCUGCAGGUGGCGCUGAUCAGUUCCCACCUGUCUGCAGGUGAAACCAGCGUGUUGAAAUAAAGUCCAAGUUUGCCUCCAUUUCCCAGAAUGCCUUUCAGUUCGGCCUCAGUGAGUGGCGCGCUCACCUGGCGGAGGGUCUGAUUGGUCGCCGCGCUGUUGCUUAGGGACAGAUGGGGGUAUUUUUACUCUCCAUCUCUAUAGAAACAAAAGCUGCUGCUCUUCUUCACACCUUUAAAAAUAGACGUAAUCAGGAGGCUGAAGACCUGCUGCACAUCGAUCACUGAUCAUUGAUUACUGAUCGGUCAAACAGCUGAGGGGCUUAUUUCCUGUGUGACAGGAAGUCAGAGAAACGAGAAGAAAAAGUGGAUCCACUUCAGCUUCAGAUUGUUGCUGAAAGAAGUUCUGCUGCUUUUAUAAAUGAAAACUUUUCAUCUUCAUCUGCAUUUAUAAUUAAAUUUUUACUCUGAUCAAAUCUAAUCUGAUGAUUAGCAUAGCAAAAACAACCCGUGCUGCGUUCAGGGACAGAUCAGCAGGAAUUUUAAUUUAUUAGAUUAGAUCAGCUGGUCCAAAAACGAACCAAAACCACCAAAAAUAAAAGAAUAAUUAUUAAGUUGAGCAUCACAUUUCAACAUUUAUAACGUUAAUAAAUGAAAAUAAACAUAAAAAUACUCAAACUGGGAAUUAAACUGAACAAAAUAACUCAAUUGAGAAUUUAAAAACCAUUAAAUGUCUUCUUUAUCUAUUAUUAUUAUUAUUAUUAUUAUUAUUAUUAUUAUUAUUAUUAUUAUUAUUAUUAUUAUUAUUAUUAUUAUUAUUAUUAUUAUUAUUCAGCUCCUGUGACUCUGUCCUCUUCUUCUUUAUAAAACAUCUUAAUUUUAGUCAGGCUGGAUGGAGAACAUCAGUUUUCUGGACUUUGACUAGGCCAUUUUAACCCAUAAAGCUGCUUUGGUCUAACCAUCCCUGCAUGUUUAAUCCCAGUCUCUCUUUUUUGAAGGUUUUCUUCCAAGAUUGUCUUAAUUUAGUUCCAUCCAUCUUCCCAUCAACUCUGACCAUCCUCCCGCAGCAUGAUGCUGCCACCACCGUGUUUCACUGUGUGUUCAGGAAAACCAGAUCGUUUCAGUUUUGGUUUCAUCUGAACAGAGAAAUUUCUUCCACGGGUUUCCUGAGACCUUCAGGGCUUUAGGUGAACCGGAAAAAUGAAUCCUGGCCUUUUCCUCUCCUUCAUGUCCAGGUCCAGGUCCAGGUCCAGGUCCAGGUCCAGGUCCAGGUCCAGGUCGUCCAUCUUGUCUCCAUGUCUCUCUGAGACGUUCAGAACCGCAGAUGUUGUAGAACCAGAACCGGCUGCUGCCUCCAUGUUGCUAUUUUAAUCAUCUUCCUCUUUUCUUUCUCUGCUGUCACAUAAAAUGCAUUAAAUCUCCUUCCUCUGCCUACAUGCAUGUAUGUAGCUUCUCUCUCUCAUUGUGUGUGUGUGUGUUUGUGGGUGUGUGUGUGUGUGUGUGUGUUGUUUGUUUUGAGACUUUCUGAUGAAAUCUGACAGAAAUUCAUUAAAAGAAAUAAAAUCCUCGCCCCCUGAGGCGAUGUCACUUCCUGCCGCGCUGCUGUCAGCUUAUUGAGCAACAGACCGGUGUGAAACGCCAAUCAGUGCAGUUGCCAUGGAGACCGAGGCGGCGAUGCAGCAGCAUCAGCAUCAUCAGCUGAGGAUGAGGAGGAGAGGCGAGCUCGGCGCUUCGCUCAGUCGGAGAAACGGAUCGGAUCAGCCGGACGGAACCAGCUUCCCAGGAGUUUAAUCUCAGCAGCUGAUGGUUCAUCUCAGUUAACGGCGAGCAGAGACGCCUGGAGCGAGAUCCAACAUGGCCGCCGAGGACGGAGAGCGAGGAGGACCGAGGAGGAAGCCGAAGCUCCUGCUGGGAAGAACCAGAACCAGGAGCACCGGAGAGGAAACCAAACCAGAACCGGCCGGAAAUGGGGAGGAAACAUCGGCUGGGAGCGACAAACAGACAACCUGCAGGGGGCGCCAGAGCGAUGCAGGGAAAAGGAGACGCAGGUGGUGGAGCGGCUUGUCCUCAGCAGUCAGCUGCAUCAGGAGACAGGAGGACGGUGAGGCGAGUCCACCAGAGGGGGCGCUGCAGAGACAGGAGGACGGUGAGGCGAGUCCACCAGAGGGGGCGCUGCAGAGACAGGAGGACGGUGAGGCCAGUCCACCAGAGGGGGCGCUGCAGAGACAGGAGGACGGUGAGGCCAGUCCACCAGAGGGGGCGCUGCAGAGACAGGAGGAUGGUGAGGCCAGUCCACCAGAGGGGGCGCUGCAGAGACAGAAGGACGGUGAGGCCAGUCCACCAGAGGGGGCGCUGCAGAGACAGGAGGACGGUGAGGCCAGUCCACCAGAGGGGGCGCUGCAGAGACAGGAGGAUGGUGAGGCCAGUCCACCAGAGGGGGCGCUGCAGAGACAGGAGGACGGUGAGGCCAGUCCACCAGAGGGGGCGCUGCAGAGACAGGAGGAUGGUGAGGCCAGUCCACCAGAGGGGGCGCUGCAGAGACAGGACGGUGAGGCCAGUCCACCAGAGGGGGCGGUGCAGAGACAGGACGGUGAGGCCAGUCCACCAGAGGGGGCGCUGCAGAGACAGGAAGAGACGAGGAAGAUGAGGAACGUUUUGUGGAGAUUCGUUCCACUAAGGAAGAAAUCUUCUCCGUGGUUCCGCACUAAACUGCAGAAGUUCUUCAUCAGAGCGGGAAGGAGACGGUUUGUCCCGCCGGGACACGAGGAGGACACGGUGUUGGGAACUGACCUGUGUGCUUCCGGACUCGCCGAGAUACCUGAAGGUCCUCCACAGGUCCAGAUGUUCUGCUACCAGGCGGAGCAUUUACCUGAAGAACCGGAACCUACAGCAGAAAUGGCAGACCCUGAAGAUGGACCGGUGCCGGUCCAAAUGGCUCAAAUAAACCAGGUUCUGGUGCGGGACGUGUCCUCAGAAGAGGACGAGGUUCUGUUUGACUCAGAACUUGUUGUGGACCUCCAUGACCAGCCCAAGUUCCAGUUCCCCCCAGAGGACAAGACGGUCCAGAUGUCUGUCCCGCCCCAACCGUCCACCAACGGACCCUCCAUCCGGAUCCAGCUCUGUCCGCCGGAUGACUCCGCCCAGGAGGAAGAGGAGGAGGAGGAAGGCUGGGUGGGCGUGGCCUCCGCAGAGAGCCACCUCCUCCACCUGAUCUGCUCCGACCCGACUGAGCGGCAGCUGCAGCAGGCGGCCCGGUCGCUGGUCAGAACCGCCAUGACCGCCGCCGUGGAUCAGCUGACCGGAGAGCAGCGGGGCAGCGGAGGCUCCGCCCACCUGGAGCCCCCGGGCGCCAGGUGACGGUCAGAGACGGCAGGAACGUUCAGAGUAGCGCUAGAAAACACCUAGCUUAGCGUUAGCAUUAGCGCUACUGAAACAAACACCUGUACGAGUCUGAAUACUCAAAACAACCUGUUCAAACGAGCUGCAGCCUCAGCAGAACUGAACCAUCAUAACCGAGCUCUGCUAAGCUAGCUAGUUUCAGCGACACUUCCUGAUGGAAAUAUCAAAAUAAAAGCACUUCCU